ACCUCUCGGACCUCUUCCCGAGGUUCAUAUCCCGGGGCUAUACCAGCUGGAGCUUCUAACCAGCGAGCAUAAUCUAGGGCAUUGCUCACAAAUUUACAUAAGAUAUAAAGCGUAUAUUUAUCAUGCGUUGAUGCCCCUCACUUCUACUUUCACUGGAGCUCAGAAUCAGAACUUCUGAGCCGAUAGCCGCAAUGCGCUUGCACGUCCCUGCAGUAAUAUUUUACGUUACCUUGCUAGCAAGCUUCAUGGAAGCCUCUGUAUUGCAUCCACCUGUCUUGCCUCUUAUUGUACGAAAUCCGUAUCUAAGCACAUGGUUGAAUGAUGCUCGAAAUCCGCCGUGGAAUAAAUGGCCCAUGUUUUGGACUGGUCAAGAGAUUGGAUUCUCGGUGUUAGCAUCUGUGCCUGAUACGGAUAAGGUCUAUCCACUGCUUGGAAGGCCACAUGAUUCUCUAAGAAAAGAUGACGUCUAUAACGUUUCUUUUCCUAUCUAUAAGGGUGCCACAUACGAUGCGUCUACCACGAAUUUGACAUAUCUAAUCCCUGCUCCUUCGAACAAGUCUCGUGAUAGUGUGCCUGUUGAGAUCGUUCUAUCUUUUCUGUCACCGGUAACUCCAACAUCAACACUUCGUCAAUCUAUUCCUGCUGCGUAUCUCGGUGUUCAUGUCCAAGGAAACUUCAAUGUCAAUUUGUAUAUUGACGUCAACGGGCAGUGGGUUAGCGGGGAUAGAGGAAGUCGAAUCACAUGGCAGCUAUUGCAGACUAAUCUGGGCGACUCAGAACACUCGUUGAAGACUUGGCAGGUACAGCGUGAAACUGAACAACUCUUGACGGAAUAUAGAGAUCAGGCAGAAUGGGGCGCCUUACAUUUCACAGGACCCGCGAAUGUACGCCAUGAAGCUGGAACCUCGGCGCUCCUGAGACAAAGGUUCUCAAGGACCGGCACAUUGCAGGACGCCAUUGAUGAUUCCUUUCGCAGUAUCAUGGACGAAGAGCCCGUCUUUGCUUUUUCGAAAUCAUUCAAGUUAAACACUAGCUCUGCUGAGUCUGGUGCGAACAAGGAGCACGUUCUUUUCACACUAUCUCAUAUUCAGGAUCCUGUGGUCCAAUUUGCUUCUGCCCGUGGCUUAACUUACAUGCGCCCGCUAUGGAAGUCUUGGUUCGCUUCCGUACAGAGUCUUAUUACGUUUCACUACUUUGACUUCCGGAACGCUUUUAAUUUGGCUGCCAACUACUCCCAACAGCUGGCAAAGGACGCGUAUAAAUCUGGCUCCGACAAAUAUGUGGAUAUAGUCGCUCUUUCUGCUCGUCAAACUCUAGGUGCGACGACAUUCGCCGGGACGCGCGAGGAUCCCAUAUUAUUCCUCAAGGAAAUUUCUUCGAAUGGAAACUUUCAAACGAUAGAUGUCAUCUUUCCGUCCUUCCCUUUCUUCCUGUACACCAACCCCAGAUGGCUCGCGUAUCUUCUUGAGCCUCUCAUCGAGCAUAUGCUGAGCGGCCAAUAUCCGAACAAAUACGCAAUGCAUGAUCUAGGAUACCAUUUUCCAAAUGCUACGGGCCAUCCGGAUGGCAGAGAUGAGUACAUGCCAGUCGAAGAGUGCGGAAAUAUUCUCAUUAUGGGACUUGCUUUGGUAAACUCACUCCGAUAUAAUGUGGAUUCGGACGCGGGGUCUCCAUGGGCUGCACUGGGAAAGAAUGCUUUUGUCGAUCCCACUGCAAACGGUAUUUUCUCCCUACAACAGUUGGAAGAGAGAGACGGGAUAGAAGGCCUUGACGGCAAAUGGGGUGGGGGUGCCACGGGCAUCGAGGAAGCAAAACAGUGGGUCACCCGCAGCUACAAGCUUUGGAAACAGUGGACUGGUUACCUCGUCGAAUUCUCUCUGGAGCCGCAUAGGCAAUUGUCAACUGAUGAUUUCGCCGGAUGGCUUGCACUCCAAACCAACCUUGCCCUCAAAGGCAUCAUUGGUAUCAAAGCAAUGAGCGAUCUGGCUGACAUCGCUGGUAUUAAGCCUGAUGCAAAAGAGUACAAGAACAUUUCGGAUGCCUACAUCAAAAAAUGGCAAGAAUAUGCUAUCUCACGCGAUGGUACCCACGCGAAACUAGCCUACGACUGGUACGGAUCGUGGACCACCCUCUACAAUCUCUUUGCAGACGCCCUCCUCUGUUUCCAUCUUCCAUCGGAGUCCCAAGGCAUCGUCUCCGCAGCAGACGAGGGCCAGAAGCCGAUCAAGCCGUCUCCAGAAAAAAAUGAGUCGAGCGACCAUUUCAUUCCAAACCACAUCUACAAGAUCCAAAGUGAUUGGUAUCACGCAGUGCGCCAGCGAUAUGGACUUCCUCUUGACAACCGACACCUCUACACCAAGAGUGACUGGGAAUUCUUUGCCGCCGCCGUCACCAGUAACAAGGUCAGAGGAGAAAUCUUGGAUAGUGUAGCUCUUUGGGUCAACGAAACUUCAACCGAUCGUCCUAUGACCGACUUGUACGAUACGGAGGGAACCGGCGGCUUUCCUGGCCCCAACUUUUUCGCUCGCCCAGUUGUCGGCGGCCAUUUUGCGUUUCUGGCUCUUGAAAGAGCAUGUGGCGGCAAAGUCAUGGCGGGGCUGAGCUUCCUUGAUGAAGGAGAACGAAAAAGUCCAGCGAGACGUCCAGCGUCGCAAGGUAAAAGUGAUGUCAAUAAGAAGCCAGGCGAAGAAUCCUUUCUCAACGAGGAGCUUUGAGCCUUGAAAAUUCGGUAGUUUGUAGUUGUAUGUCAACUGUAAUCCAUACGCUCAUGGUCUCACUGGUAUCAUACGUAUGAUUUCACUACUACUGCAGAUUCUAUUAUCAAAUUUAUUGGAGGAAUAAGAGUAUAUAUAUGAGUUUUGCAUUCGUCUAAUAAUCAUCGGUCAUCCGUUUCGUUCCCUUUCGUUCCCUUUCGUUCCCUUUCGUCAAUGUUAACUACAACAAAAGCCAAAAACAAAAUCAACGAGAGAACUCUUUCUUCCUCCAAGUCAAUAAUCAAUGUGGUUUCCCCUCC